CUUGAUUCUUCAGUCAUGGCCAAGACUUCAGGGCCUCUUGAUAAAUGGAGGGACUAUUUUUUGACUGCAAAUUCUGAUAUCUUUUGUAUAAUUGAGAGAGCAAUUACGAUUGCUUCUAUUGAUUCUCCUAAAGAGUUCAAGUUGAGAAGAGAUCGAAUCGCUGAAUUGCUUUUCACAUGCAAAGUAACCAAGUGUUUUGGCUGUGACAAGCUAGAAUUAGCGGUACCAAAUGAUGGCUGUGAUGGGGAAGAAGAAGAGGAGGAAGAGGAGGAAGACAAGUGUAGCAGUGAAUUUGGCAGGAGGACUGAGGAUGAGGAGGUUAGGACUAAAGAAAGCAAGGUGAAUUGUAAUGAGAUUGAUAAUCAUGGUGAUGGUGAUGCCGAAGAGCUGGAAAGGAAUCUGAAUCAUCAAGUUAGCACUUACAGCUAUGGGGAUGCUGAGGCAUUGAGUGAUGAAAUUGAGGAAGAGUCUCAGAAUUUUGGAGAGGUCAAAAGGAUCAAAGAGAUUCUUGAAAACAGUGAAGAUGAGCCUGAUUCAGUAAUAUUUGAUUCUCUAAGAAGGCUGCAAAUCAUGGCUUUGUCUGUAGAGGUUUUAAAGUCAACAGAGAUUGGAAAGUCUGUUAAUGCUCUGCGGAGACAUGGAUCAAAGCAGAUUAGGCAGCUUGCAAAGACACUUGUCGAUGGCUGGGUGACCAUGGUAGAUGAGUGGAUGAAUGCUACAGCAGCUAUUGCAAAUGAAGGAACUCCAGAGUCUAUGAAAAAGUCUGAUUUAGUUAAUGAAGAGGAGGGGCUUCCUUCUCCUCCACUAGAUGAAGGAUUUCUCUUUGCAUCUCAGAAUAUUUCAAUGGAGCUCUCACAGUUCUUUGACGGCAUGGAUGAUGAUGGAAAUCCUCAAAACAGUGGGGAAUUCAACAAGAACCGUGACAAUGGCAGAAAGCCGUCGCUGGAGAACCACACUGUUCCAAGGCAGAAACAGCAAAUUCGUGGCAACUUGAUUAGCCCUCCGAAAGACCGGAAAGGUGAACAGAUGAAGAAACAAGAUGCUGUAACAAAGAAACAGGAAGCGGUGAUGAAGAAACAAGCAGCUGUGGCAAAACCAAAUAAGCCCUCAUUUGGUGAAUCUGGGCCAGGCAGACCUGCAAAACCAAGCGUUGAUCAAUACCAGAUGAAACCUCAGCAGAAAUCUGAUAAGGGAACGAGUCAGAAGAGGGAGUUGCCUUCUCAGCCAAAUAAAUUGAGGUCUUCAGAUGAUGCGGCUGUUCGAUUAAAACUAGAGGCCUCGAAAAGGAAGCUUCAGGAGCGCUACCAAGAAGCUGAGAAUGCCAAGAGGCAGCGAACGGUACAAGUAAUGGAGUUGCAUGAUAUCCCCAAGCAGAAUCUUGGCCAUAGGAAUCCAAACAUGAGACCUGGCAACUUCAAUAGGCACUGGGGUCGUCGAUAGGUGCAUCAGAGAAUUGCAUCUAACUGCUUGAUCCUUACAUUGAGGCCACUCUGCUUCUUGGAGUGUGUUAUUUUCGAGAAUAGCGAUAUAAAUGGAUGCUUAGACAUCGGCUUUUUUCUGGAACUGAAAGAAGGGUAGGACAUGAUCUGCUCUAUGUCCCUUCAUUGUAGAGGACUAAUUGAACCCCCUUGACUCUCUCCAGUCAUUUCCCAUUGUCAUGGAUAGGCCAGACAUAAAUUGCACAGAAUGAGUGCACUUUGUUAGGUGUUUCUCAUGUAUAAAAACUUACUAGACAUCAAUACAGAUUAAAGCUAAUAAUAGCAGUUUGCCUUUUGUAGGCAGUUACUUUUUGUUGUAACUUUGGCAGAUCUUAGAACAAUUCCUGUGGUGUAGAGAGUGUAGUAAAUCUUCAGAAUACCUGGCAAGUUAGCCAAAUUCAGUCUUCCUUAUCAAGGGAAGGUUAAAACUAUUGAUGUGCAGUUCUGCACUUAUGGUAUGUGGCAAAUCUUUUUGGCUUUUAGAUCCA